CCGAUCCGCCGGAGCGACCAUUGUUGAUAAGUUUCACAUCACGCUCGGUGAACUUAUCCUGGGCGCAUUCUCAGCACCCGCGGAAUGCGCCCGUCACGCAUUUUAUUAUUGAAACGCGAGGGCGAGGACGGGAUUUGGGAGCAGCUGGCCCGGAUCUACACCAAGACGAAUGCCACAUCAUAUCAGGUGACCGGACUGACGCCCUUCACCGUCUACAGCUUUCGCCUGUUGGCGGUCAACAAGCUGGGAAUCAGUCCCCCCUCCAAGGAGUCCUACUACAUUGUCACCCUGCGUGAGGCUCCCACGGGCAAGCCCAUUCCCACAACGGCCCACAACACGUCCUCCACCUCGGUUUACAUCUCCUGGAAGCCCCCGCCUCCGGACACCAUUCUGGGCGAGUUCCUGGGCUAUCGAAUCACAUAUCGACCGCGCGAUCGGGACCCCAAUGAUACCAAGGAAAUCUACAUUCGGGAUAAUACGGUUGAGAGCCAUGAGAUACAGAAUCUGCAGACCUACACUCAGUACAAGGUGACCGUGCAGGUGUUCAACCCCGAGGGCCUGGGACCGGAGACAACCAUCCUGGUGAUGACCGACGAAGGAGGUAAGUCGAUGCGUGAUGCAAUUUAUGCCCGGGUAUGUCAAUAUAUCAGCCAAUAAUUUGCGUAUGACUUG